GAUUUUACUUCCAGGAAGAUGUCAAUGUGGACAGUAAGUUUUAGACUGAUCAGCUUUCAUCAAAAUAAAGAAUACGGAAGUUGGCAUCGAAAUUACCUGACUACUGGAGAAGUCGUUUAUUGGAAAACGUGUCGUAAACAUCUGAAUACAAAACCAACCAUGCCGACUUGAUGUUUACUAAAUAUUCUUAAUAUAUAUAUACUAACAACUGUAACCAUUGUGCAAAGUUCAUGUCCUGAAGAUGAUAAUUUGGGCAGAAACACAAAUAGAUACAUCUGAUAUUUGUUUUUAUUAUUUUAGUUGUGUAUAUUAUGAGUUAUAUUGUACAGAAUGUAAAAACUAUCAAUUAGUUAUCCGGACCCAGCGUAUAGCUCCGCCCAACGUCGACACCUGAAACUAAUGUCUAGUGUGAUAUAUAGUAUUACAAUGCCUUUUCUGGACCAUGGGUAUGUUUGUGAACAUUACGUAUCCGGGAUAUCAAUUCGCAAAUUGAACUUUUGCAUUUACACAUAACAGUUAUCUACUUAUAUCUGGCAUUUGGAAUUCCUUCCUUUGUAUUUAAUACUGGGCAGACGACCUGUAUAUGAAUUUAUGACGAAUAGGACAUUGUCUGUAAUUUCAUCGGUUGAACUAAAUUCGGUUAUUCGUAGAAUUAGUUUGCUAGUUCCUGGUUUUAACGCAUAAAUUACUGCCACUGCUAGGCUUUAUUUCGCCUGCUAUAGUCUUGAUGUUCUUUCAGCUGUAGUUAUUUACUGGUUACCGCCUACAUGGCUCCUCCUACUACUAGGUGUCAUCUCAACUAAUAUAUAUAGUCAUUGUGCUGUCGGCGCAUUAUAUUCUUUAAAAGGAAACGUUCUGUGAAGAAUUAUACAUUAUGCAGAGUGUCUAAACAGUAAAAGCCGUAUCGUCAAACAAAGCUACAUUCUGAGAGUCCGUAUCAAACAGUUCUGAGCCUUGUCUGGUGUAAACGUCAUACAAACCCUGAUCACUAAAUCAAUGACAAGUGACGGUAACACAGGAAUGAGAGGUGGUAACGAUUGCCCGAUCAUUCGCUACCUAUGCAGUGUCACCAGACUUCUCUGUAUAGCGAUCGGAGUGGUCGGACUGGGUAUUUAUUUAUAUCAUGCUCAAGCAGAUUCGGAGACUUUAUCAAUGCCUAUGUCACCAAAUAUAUUUUUGUCGCCAUCAAAAGAGGGAUACUACCGAUAUGGAGCUGUGGCGUCUGAUGCUGGUAUUUGUUCCACUAUUGGCACAGGCAUCAUGGCCCGCCUGGGUGGUUCCGCUGUAGAUGCCACAAUUGCCGCACUUCUUUGUCAGUGUGUACAGAAUAUGCACAGUUGUGGUAUAGGUGGAGGCCACUUUAUGACCAUAUAUAAUAGAGAAAAGAAGACAGGAUAUAUAAUAGUCGCCCGCGAGAUGGCGCCCAGAGCGGCUAGUGAAGACAUGUACAUUGGCAACCAAUCAUCCGAGGAAGGUGGUAUAGCUGUUGGGAUACCAGGCGAAAUCAAGGGACUAUAUACUGCGUGGAAGCUUGGCGGUAAACUGCCAUGGAAAACGUUAUUUCAGCCGACAAUACGUCUGCUUCGAGACGGAAUGCCUGUAAACAGUGCUCUUGCUGCCUCCAUCGAAUCGAAUGCACAUUACUAUCCCAAACACGACAAUCUCAGGAGGUUGGUAACCGACCCACACACCGGGUUAUUAUAUAAAGAAGGAGAAACAAUCAAGUGGCCUAAACUUGCAGCAACAUUUACUACAAUAGCUAACGAAGGGCCAGACGCUUUCUAUAACGGCAGUCUGAGUCGGAACAUCGUACAGGAUAUACAGGACGCAGGAGGCAUAAUAACCGAACAGGACCUACUCGACUACACAGCUCCGGUCAAAGAUCCCCUUGUGAUCCGCCUUAUUGACAAUUCAUCCGUCUUCUCUCCACCGCCACCCUCCAGUGGGGCUGUGUACGAUAUGAUCCUGAACAUCGUUGAUGAAUUCGGGAUGAGCAUCCACAGCGUAUCCACACCACAGAAGAAAGUACUCGCCUGGCAUAGGAUCAUAGAGGCAUUCAAGUUUGCCUUCGCCAAGAGGUCAGACUUAGGCGACGGAGACGGUGAAGAUGAUGCCUUCCGGUCGCACCUAGCAGAGCUGGUGAGGAACAUGACGUCAGAAAGCUUCGCGGCAUACGUACGAUCUCGGAUCGACGACGAUCGAACUCACGACACUAUGUACUACGGUCCUACCUUUUAUGACGUCACAAAGACUAGCACUGCCCAUCUGUCAGUACUGGCCCCCAACGGGGACGCUGUAUCCGUUACGAGUACCAUUAACCUGCAGUUUGGUUCUAAAGUUGUGGGAACAAGGACAGGGAUUUUGUUUAAUAACCAAAUGGACGACUUUUCUACUCCGAACACGACAAACCAUUUUGGCGUUCCUGCUUCAGCAGCCAACUUCAUCAAGCCGUUAAAACGUCCUCUGUCCUCAAUGUGUCCCAGCAUCAUCACAGAUAGUAAUGGCAUUGUCCGACUGGUUGUUGGUGCGUCAGGAGGAACUAAGAUUACUACGGCCACGGCUAUGGUAACGAUAGAAACCCUAUGGUUUGGUAUGAAUGUCAAGCAGGCCAUUGACCAUCGUCGGAUCCAUCACCAACUGCUGCCGAAGGAAAUUGCGGUUGAAAAUGGAUUUCCCUGAGGAAAUACUGGCAGGACUUCGAAGUAAGGGACACAACAUUACAGUCACCAAUAGUGCUGGAUCAGUGGUACAGGGAAUUCUUCAGCGUGGGGAAGGCAAUAUUACAGCCAACUGUGACUUUAGAAAGGGUGGAUAUCCGGACGGCUACUAAC